AUGAUUGUCAUCAAAGCCACUCUGCGCGAAGAGACGCGCCGUCUCAGUUUCGACUCGCACGGCUUCCCUCCGUAUGAUGAGGUACAGCAAAAGCUCCGUGCAAUCUUCAGCCUUCCCUCUUCUGCCCACCCAUUCUGGGUCAACGUACUCUUCUUCCCGGACGACGCACAGCCCGCCCGCAUCAAAUUCAAGCAGCACGUCUGUGACCAGGCCGAGUACGAGUUAGCUCAAGAACCCUUCCUCCGUUACCGCGGUUUCCCCGCUCCUGCACUCGUCUUCACUGUCCUCUUGUCGUCGGACGUCAGGAUGAACCCCAUCCACGACUUCCACCGCGCCAUCACGCUGCAGGUGGAGACCCGCGAGCUCGAGAACGAGAUCCGUACUCUCGAGGACGACCUCACCCGCCGCCACCAGAUCCUCAUCUCCCUUGAGGACAAGCUUGACAAGGCUCGCUACGACAACGACACCACCACGGCCAACUACUGGGCUGACAAGGUGGAACAGAAGCGCAACGGCCUCCCAGAGCUCGAGGAGAAGCUCCGCGGUGCGCGCUGCCGUUACCGCGCCAACGCCGAGGAGUUGGGGCGCAUCCGGCCCACUUCGGCCGGCCUCCCGUUCCGCGAGUGGUCGGACGCGCAGGAGGUCGACGACGUUAGCCGCAUGGCCGAGACCGAGUCCGAACUCGUCGCUUGGCAGUUCGGUGACGCCUCCGGCAACGGUUUCAUGGCACCGCCGGUCUUCCCUCCCCUUGACGAGGUCCUCGGUGGUGCGCCCCACUCGCGCAACCCCUGGCACGCCCCUUCGCACUGGGCCAACAGCAACACUUCUGCGUGGGCGCAGUCGGCCCCACCCCCGAGCUUCCCCCAGCCGGCGCCUCCGCCCAACGCCACUGGCACUGGUCCGCGCUCGUUCCGUGACCUCUUCAACACCCCCGAGCUCACUGGUGCGCCCGCUAGUGAGAUGGGCUUGCUGCUCGACCGCUUCCUCAACCACUUCCAGGGCCAACUGGCCGACACCCUCGACGGCUUCGCCCAGCGCAUUGCGCCUCACCCGUCCGAGGAACUUCCCAUUCGCCCAUCUGGCAGCAUGCCAGAUGUCCACAUUCCGGGCGCAUAUACUCAACCGGAGGCUGCGCAGUCGCUGGACUCACAGGUCCAGACUGCGGAGAAGGAAAACACCAAGCCAUCGAGCAGUCUUGGCAAGGGUGGCUACCGUCACAAGCACAUCACCUGCGACGGUUGCCUCGCCGGCAUCCGUGGCACUCGCUACAAGUGUGAGCAGUGCAGCGACUACGACCUGUGUGGCUCGUGCUUGCCUUUCCUGUACACCGACGCCCUCCACCCCAGUUCGCACACGUUCAAGGCCAUGGUCCACCCGGGCCUCGAGGAGCGAAUCAAAUUUGGCGGCAGUACGUCGUCCCGUGCCCCUCACCAGAGUAGUCGUCACCCCGCUACGUGCGACAUCUGCAACGAGGUGAUCGUGGGCGUGCGCUUCAAGUGCCUCAACUGUCCUGACUGGGACUGCUGCUCGGCGUGCUCCAAGCUGAUCCCCAACGUCCACCCGGAUCACAGCUUUGUCAAGCUCCACAAGUCUACCGACUUCGUUAUGAACGCAGCCUGGGAUGCCAAGAACGACGUCCACCACCCUCACGUUAUCUGCGAUGGCUGCAACCUGACCAUCCGCGGCCCGCGUUUCAAGUGUAUGCACCCCGACUGUCCCGAUUAUGAUCUCUGCGUCAAGUGCGAGGUGGCACCUGUGCCCGUUCACCCAGAGAGCCACCCUAUGCUCAAGACCAAGAUGCCGCUCCGCAUCAACUCCAAGUCGUCGUUCGACCCCAUCAAGAACGUCUACGAGGAUCACUGCCGCUACCGCGUCACGCGCGACUGUAAACAGUCAUGCACGGCCCGUGCGCCAGCCCAACCGGAGGUUCAGCCUCAGCCAGCUGUUCCUGUCGCCGAGUCCAAGCCCAAACUCGCCACUCCGCCCACGGCGUCCGGCUUCGGCGGCCCGUACACGCUUAAGCCGAUGCCAACCAAGUCGUUUACCCGCGGCGGAGACUACGCCAAGGCCGUCGAAGCCAUUCUCAAGUCGAUGUCGGCUGUGAGCAUUAGUGACAUCGCUGCUAGUGCAAAGGACGACGCGGCGUCGAGCCCGGACAGCGCGACGACCCCUGAGCAGGUUGACACCUCCUCCAUUCCCACCAAGUCGUCGCCGCGAACCGUUCCCUCCGGCUUCGAAGUUCCUCCCACGCGACCCGAUAUCUUUUACAUGGCGCCUGCGCUAGCUGCCUCCCAGGAGGAGCCUCUCGUCGACCUUGACUCGCCGAUCACAACCUCGGCUGUUGCGCCUGCCACGUUCCCAGGAUGUUCACUCCCACGCCUGCGUCGCGAGUUUGACCUGAAAGCUGAGGUCAAGAAGACAACCGAGACUGAGAAGGCCAAGGUGGACGCCAAGGAGGAGCGCGAGAAGAACAACGAGGUGAAGAAGCCCAAGAAGAUCAUCAUCCACACCAAGGAGGGCCCGACUGUUGUGACCAAGGACGACGAGGCGCCCAGGACUGAGAAGGAGAAGACCACUGAGAAGGGGGAUGUCAAGGAGGGCAUCCGCGACCCUAUCGCUGUGAUCAUCGAGUCUGUCGCUGCUAACCCGGUCUCCCCCGAAGACCCUAUCUUCAUCGAUCCUGCUCUUCAGCGUCCGGUGACCCCCGAGAUCGAGGCUGAGCCUGCCGACCCCCUUGACAUCCUCACCUGGGUCCGCCACUCCACUAUCCUUCCUGGCACCACUCUUCCGGCUGGUACCGAGUUCACCAAGACGUGGCAGCUGUACAAUUACGCCGAUGGUUCCGAGUUUGACUUCAAGAACCUCCGCCUAGUUCACAAGUCGGAGGGCCUCCUCGGCGAUGCCUGCAAGGUGCACGUCGUUCUCCACCCCGGGGACAUUGUAAAGAACGCGAACAUGAACGUCACGAUUGAGGGCCUCAAGGUUCCUCACAUGCCAGGUCGCCAGAUCCUCGAGCACUGGCGCUUCGAGGAUGAUGAGGGCAACGCGUACGGCCAGCCUCUCCGCAUCAGACUCAACGUCGAGGAGCGCCAGUCGUCAGGCGAGAGCACCGCCUCGUCGUCUUUCGUCGUUCCUCGCGCUCCGCUUGAAGCGGCUGGCGACUCGUUCUACCUCCCGACGCCUACCGAGGGUCGCCCUGUCCCGACGUCUGACGAGCUCAGCGAGCGUCUUGGCUCAGUCGCGCCGUCUACUGCUGGUCAUGACGACGACGCCUCGUCGACUUUCUCGUUCUCGGACGUUGAGCAUGUCACGCACGGCAGCACUGCACGCACCGCGUCUACCGACGACUUCACUGCUGACGACUACGAGUUUGUCGACGAGACCGACGAAGAGACUGAGGAUGGCUUCUAG